AUGGCGGGGGCUGGGUCUUCCAGGACCGGAGCAUCGAUAGUAUACGAGCGGGAGGAGGGUGAGCCCAUCGUUGAUAUUGUUCUCGUCCAUGGACUGCAGGGACAUCCCUUCAAAACUUGGACUUAUGUGUCUUGGCUGGGGCAAUUAUUCCAAAAAUUAAAGGACGACAAAAACCAAGACAACGUGAAGCGAAAUCCCAAGGCUAGCACUUUUUGGCCACGAGAUCUCCUACCUUCUAAUUGCCCCAAAGCCAGAAUUAUUGUUCUAGGGUAUGACACUGUGGUCGUCAAAUUACCGUCCGGUGGAAAGACAAAUCGGAACAAUAUUUUCAUGCAUGGCAAAGACCUUUUGAAUGAGCUUUCACGAACACGUCCUUUGGGUCGAAGAGUUAUCUUUGUCGCCCAUUCAUUGGGAGGCAUCUUAGUCAAAGAGAUGCUUUCUAACUGCUCCACUUCGAACUCUCACGAGCUCCAAGAUAUUCUUGCUUCAACCUCCGCCGUCAUAUUCCUGGGCACGCCUCACAGGGGAAGUUCAGUAGCGUCGCUUGGGGCUGUCGCUCGAAAAGCAGCAAGUUUCUUCUUGCUAGAUACAAACCCUAGCAUUAUUAACAGUCUAGCUCUCAAGGAUGCUGAUCUCUCCCGCUGCCAAGAUGUCUUUUCCUCUCUCUGGGCCAAACAUGACUUUCAAGUAAAGACAUUCCAAGAGGCAUUGGAGUUCAAGUUCAAGUUCAAAGGCCUACCAUUCGUAACCGUGAGAGCAAAGGUUGUCCCUGAUUACUCCUCUUGUAUUGGAGAUCCCCGUGAGAGGGCUGAGACGUUACAUGGCGACCACCGAGAGAUUUGCCGAUUUGACAGUGCGAAUUGUCCCAAUUAUAAAAAGGUGUCAGGCGAGCUUAAAAAGAUUUACAUACAGCUUGAGGCAGUGGAUUAUGCGCUCGAAAUUCCAAAGCUCGAUUAUGCAAGCUCUGCCAGGAUCGAACGAUUUCUUCGCUUUCCAGGAAUGCAAAAUCGCUUAAAGGCCAUCAACAGUCCACUUCUAAACACCUGCGGGUGGCUACACCGAGUGCAAGCUUAUGCAGACUGGAUCGCUCGAGAGAAGAUCGAGGAGCAUCAUGGUCUAUUGCAAAUUGUAGGAAAGCCAGGGUCAGGUAAGUCAACAAUUAUGAAGCGAAUAUUCGAGCAAGUCCUUUCAAAGUUUCAUGGGACAACGACCUGUGUUGCCGGUUUCUUCUUCAACCAGCGCGGUAGCUUAUUGGAGCACUCGUCCCUGGGUAUGUUUCGCUCAUUGCUGUAUCAGAUCCUGCGAUUUCAUCCCCAGAAGUUUCCAGCUCUUUUGAAGCUACAGGAACAGGAAUUGCAGGAGUACGAUGAACAUCAGAUCUCGGAAUUAUACCUAUCUAACCUCCGAGACAUGUUUCAAGACUUGUUUCUUGACCAACAAAGUGAUACUAGAACUAUUAUCUUUGUGGAUGCUCUUGAUGAGUGCGACGAGCCAGGUAGUCGAGAGAUAGCCUACUUUUUUCGCCAUCUCACAGAUGCAGCGUACAGCGUUGGGGUCCGGCUUGAUGUGUGUCUGUCCAGGAGGGACUUUCCAAACGUGCUCCUCAGAGAUUGUCCUGAAGUCAGAUUGGAGAAGUUUACUCGUUGUGACAUUGAAUACUACAUCUCAAGGCAGCUCGAAAUCGCCGGGUUCGGUGAUAACCAGACUAUGAAGCUCAUCCAGCGCGAAAUUGCUGACAAGGCUGACGGAAUUUUUCUCUGGGUAAUAUUGGUCAUCGAAAAAACCAUCAAAGAGAGAGAUAAUGGGCGUAAUGAAAAGUAUCUCCUUAGAGAAAUACGUCGCCUGCCAGCUCAGCUCAACGAGCUUUUCACAGAGUUAUUGGAUCCAAGUAAAAUGUCGAAAUCAGAACUGCGAAUGACCUUGCGACUAUAUCAAUGGGCAGUAUUGUCUACGAGCCCAUUACGUCUUCGCGAAUGGCAUCAUAUACUUGCCUUCAUUCAAGACGAACCUCCAACGUCGCUUGCCGAGUGGAAGGAUUCCAUAUACUACACAGCCACUGAUGAACAACUGGUGAAACAACUUAGGGUUAUUUCACGUGGCCUCGUUGAAGUCAAAACGCAUCACUAUGAUAACCCUGAUAACCCUUCAGAUGUCGAGGACAUGAGGUCUGCAGGUGCUGGAGCAGGCUCCCUCGAUAGUUCAUCUGGAGAGAGCAGAAUUGUACAGCCUAUUCAUGAGUCAGUCCGUGCAUUCUUCGUUGAAGGUGGAGAGUGGCUAUCAAAAGCUUCAGAAAUUGCAGGAUACACGAUGAAUGACAUCGUAUCGUUUUGUGCCCAGGGACAUAUUACCCUGAUGAAAUGUUGUUUCCAAUAUCUCGCCAUCAAGGAACUUCAAGAACUCUGCGAUGCCCGU